CCGCCUCCGACCACCAUGGCGUCCGCCCCCGCUAAACCCUACUGCUGCUCCUCCCUGAACCCCGCCGCCUCCGCCCCGCUCCCCAGGCGCGCCGCCCUCACCCCCUUCCCCGCCGCCAAGCCCCGCCGCCUCUCCCAUGGCCUCUCCGCCGCCGUCGCCGCCGCCGCGAACCCUAGGCACCCCCGCGCCGCCGUCCGCGCUUGCCUGGCGGCGGCGCCGCGGCGGCCGGAGUACGUCCCGGACCGCAUCGACGACCCCAACUACGUGCGCAUCUUCGACACCACGCUCCGCGACGGGGAGCAGUCCCCGGGGGCCACCAUGACCAGCGCCGAGAAGCUCGUCGUCGCGCGCCAGCUCGCGCGCCUCGGCGUCGACAUCAUCGAGGCCGGCUUCCCGGCCUCCUCGCCCGACGACCUCGACGCCGUGCGCUCCAUCGCCAUCGAGGUCGGGAACACCCCCGUCGGGGACGACGGCCACGUGCCCGUCAUCUGCGGCCUCUCGCGCUGCAACAAGAGGGACAUCGACGCCGCAUGGGAGGCCGUGCGCCACGCGAGGAAGCCGCGCAUCCACACCUUCAUCGCUACCAGCGAGAUCCACAUGCAGCACAAGCUCAGGAAGACGCCCGACCAGGUCGUGGCCAUCGCCAAGGAGAUGGUGGCUUAUGCCCGCAGUCUUGGAUGCCCCGAUGUUGAGUUCAGCCCAGAGGACGCUGGCAGGUCAAACAGGGAGUUCCUUUAUCAUAUUCUGGAGGAAGUAAUAAAAGCUGGAGCAACAACUCUCAACAUCCCAGACACUGUUGGAUACACCCUUCCUCACGAAUUCGGGAAACUAAUUGCAGACAUAAAAGCAAACACCCCUGGAAUUGAAAAUGCAAUUAUUUCUACUCAUUGCCAAAAUGAUCUUGGUCUUGCCAGUGCCAACACUUUAGCGGGUGCUGAUGCAGGGGCACGACAGUUGGAGGUGACUAUCAAUGGUAUCGGUGAAAGAGCUGGAAAUGCUUCCUUGGAGGAGGUUGUCAUGGCGAUAAAAUGUCGCCGAGAACUCUUAGAUGGCCUAUAUACUGGAAUUAAUUCCCAACAUAUCACUAUGACAAGCAAAAUGGUACAAGAGCACAGUGGACUUCAUGUGCAGCCGCAUAAAGCUAUUGUUGGUGCCAAUGCCUUUGCUCAUGAAAGUGGAAUUCAUCAGGAUGGGAUGCUUAAAUUCAAAGGAACUUAUGAAAUAAUAUCGCCUGAUGAUAUUGGUUUAACACGUGCAAAUGAGUUUGGCAUUGUUCUUGGGAAGCUCAGUGGAAGGCAUGCUGUCAGAACUAAACUAGUGGAGCUUGGAUAUGAAAUCAACGACAAGGAAUUUGAGGAUUUCUUUAAACGCUACAAAGAGGUUGCAGAGAAAAAAAAGCGUGUAACUGAUGAAGACAUCGAAGCUUUAUUAUCAGAUGAGAUAUUUCAGCCUAAGGUUAUUUGGUCCCUUGGUGAUGUACAGGCAACAUGUGGAACACUUGGUUUAUCUACAGCAACCGUCAAACUGAUAGGUCUAGACGGAGAGGAGAAGAUAGGAUGUUCAGUUGGAACAGGCCCAGUUGAUGCAGCUUACAAAGCUAUUGAUCAAAUAAUACAGAUUCCGACUGUUCUUAAGGAAUAUGGCAUGACUUCUGUCACAGAAGGCAUUGAUGCAAUUGCAACUACUCGAGUACUCAUCACUAGAGAUGUCACCGGUGAUGAACAUAGUGCAUCCGGUUACUCCAGUCGUUCCUUCAGUGGGAGCGGUGCAGCUAUGGACGUUGUUGUGUCCAGUGUCCGAGCUUACCUGAGUGCCCUGAACAAGAUGUCCAGUUUUAUUGGUGCAGUAAAUGCCAGCAGCGAAGCACAGGAAAGCAUAAGUGUGAAGACCUCAGAAUGAGCGUCGACAUUCCUUUUCUUUAUCUCAUCUCGGAGCAAGGUGGAAGGCCUGGCGAGAAGUGUUUGAAGUCCUGCAUUCCAUGUUACUAGUAAAGUGUUGGUUCGUGUUAUAGAAACUGGGUAUUCCAAUUGGUGUGCAUCCGAAGGUUGUUUGCUCUCCUUGGUGGAUUGAACUUUACCCUGAACAAUCAGCAAUGUUAGAGCAUAUAAUAUCCAGUGUAUGACUUUACAACCAUACUCCCAACAAGUCAGAUAAUAAAUGAUUUCCUGGACA